AUGGACCUGCUCGUGAUAUACCCCAUAGUGGACCUGCGGCAGCACCGCUGCUUCCUUCAUCCCGCUUCCCUUCCCCCUGCCGCCCUCUUUGCCGCUGUUUCCCUAUGCCCCACACCAGCUCGUUAUAUACUCCAUAGUGGACCUGCGGCAGCACCGCUGCCCCACUACUCUUCCCCCUCCCUCCCCGUUGCUGAUCUUUGCCCUUCUGUUCUCCCCCAUGCCCCACACCAGCUUGUGAUAUACCCCAUAGUGGACCUGCGGCAGCACCGCUGCGACCUGCACUGGUACCUGCGGUCUCUGGAGGAAGUGAUUAUAAGGGGGGUGGAGGAGGGAUUUGGCAUUCGUGCGGGGAGGGAAGCAGGCAUGACAGGCGUGUGGGCAGGUGGGUGUGGAUGA